AGAUUUUGACGGUUGCUGCAAUUUUUUGCCGGUUAGCUUCUUGAAAACCGUAGGUGGAAAACCUCCCCUUAUAUCAAGCACUGCACAUCACUUAAUUCACGCUGCAACUGGCCGGGAUUCAUGAUCAGUUUCUUCUGCUCACGAGUGACUACGAAGAUAUAAAUGAUGAUGGAGAUAUUGUCAAUUGUUUUUCUGGUCGAAUACAAAGAGUCAUGCCACUGUAUGAUUUCAUCUCAAUUUUCGGUGGUUAAUUGUCAAUCGCCGCCAAUGAGCAUUUUAUCCGGAAGAAUGGAUCCGUGGUGGUGAUUCCGGAAGAAUGGAGUUAAUCGAUCGGAACAUUACACCGGAGAAGAUGGAGACUUUGUUGCAGGAGUACGUACUGUUCAUCGUCUUCCUCGACUUUGACCUAACGGGAGUAGGUUCAUAAUAUCAUUCCAACUGUCCUUGGUGCUUUGGAUGGUUCUGUGUUUGAAUCCAUCCCAGACCCUAUCACUAAAGUGAUUCAUCAAAUACCAGGCCCCUUCCCAGCACCAUGAGUCUUAUUCUAACAUCAGUGUUUUUUAUGAAGCUUUCUUCAAACUCUAAAUUUCAAAGCUUAUGGAUUUCGGUGUGCUUCCUAUGGGUUUUCAGGUGUCCAGUGCUUCAAUUGAGGAUGCCCUAAGAGGUCAGACGUGCAUUCAUGUUCUCAUCGAUCACUGUUUAUGCAGGUUUUUUUUGUUGGAUGAAGAUUUUGAUCCAAGCUGCACCAUAAAUAUAAAUGAACCUAGCAGAGGCAAUGGCAGGGCCGAGAUAGAGUUUCGAGCCUAGCCUCGCCCAUGGAGGACACCAGGCCAGUGCAACACAGAGAAGACACAUUCAAAGAAGAGGUUUGUCAAUGAUGUCGUUGUUGGAAGUAUUAUCAUCAUAUGCUAAAUGUCACUUUUUGGGUUAUAUCUCCCUAUUUACAACAACAGGGAAAAAGAAAAAUUUCCUGCUAAAUGGCUUGAGGGAGAGGCAAACAUUAGAGAAGAAGCUCAUGGACAAAGGACGAUAAGGCUUCAAAGGCAAAAUCAAAGGUUACUGCCAAACAAAGGCAUGUAAUCAUUGAGAAAUAGAAUCUAAUGAGAACAGAUUAAAGAAGAUACAUGAGAAAAAAUUCUAUACCUACAAACAAGUAAAAGCAACAUAGUAAGUCUCCCCAUACUUAUUUCUCUUAUUUGGGUUUUCUAUCAUAGUGUAUAUCAAACUGACUUUGACUUUUAAUUUAAAUAUUUAUGUGAGGCUUAUAAGAUAUUUGUUAAAUAAGCUUUAAUGAUACUG